AAUGGAUGAACAGUCUGAACAAACGCAUGGAAGUCCAAAGCGCCCUACCCCACAGUUUAAAUAUAUCCCCCCACCAAAGACUCGAAACCAGUCACGUUUGUCUGACAAUAACACUGAUGGCGAGUUUAGGCCAAUUUACAUUCCCAGAAACCAAACUCUUAAUGAUGCCAUGAAACGUUAUUUGAAGGAGAAUCCACUUGUUGCGAUUGGUGCAAUUGGAAUUCUGGCAUCAUUUGGUACAGGUCUGACACUAUUCUACCGGGGAGUUCAUCCAGUAUGGGAAGAAAGAAUGAUGUGGUCUCGCUGUACUUUUCAAGCACUCACUGCCCUGGCUAUAGGCUAUAGUGAAUAUAAACGCGUCAAGGAGGUGGAAAAGAUUUAUAAGCAAUAUACACCAGAACAGAUAAAUCAGGUGAUUUAA